AGAAAAGCUCAGGGCGCUGCCUGGCGCACACGCACUGCGUGCCUGCGACGCCUCCAGGGACGGUCUGCCAAGGGCUCGGCGUGAGAGGCGGAGCCGCUCGGCCCCCAGGUCGGGGCAGCAGCGCUUGGUCAGCUGACCUAGAAGACUGAACCCAGAAGCCGGGUCCCGCGGCGGAUCCUGAGGCGGUUGUCACACAGCAGUGACUGCUCUGCUCUCUGUCCAGGGUGCCCAGGCACUGGCAGCAGUCGUCUGCACCCAGCUGGAUUCUGGCUUGAGAGGUUCUGGGCUCCCCCUGUAUGUUUGUGGUUGCAGGUGCUCACUGUGAUCUUGUACCUGGAGGCCUGUUGUGCCCCACUGGCAAGGACGGUAUCUUUUAUCUUUCUUUGGUCCUGGCACUUAACUUGGUCGAGGCCAAGUGAUGGGGCUGGGUUAGGGUUAGGUUGGAGGGUGUCGGUGAAUAGGGGCUGCGUCUCCCACAGCUGAAGCCUGCUCUCUUUCUCUCUGUAGAAGGAACCCUCACCGGCCUCAGUGCGCCAGUCCCCAACUUCUCUCCUGCGUGGUCUCUCCAGACCAGAACCCCUCUGCAGCCAUGCACUGGAAGAAACUGGGCACUGGCAACUUCUCCAGCUGCCCCAAUGGCUCCAUCCUGUGGAUAUGGGACAUGUUUCACGAGUGUGCCCAGGACGGCUGGGACAAAGCCAGUGUGGGCCUGGGCCUGAUCUCUAUUUUCUGCUUCGCUGCGUCCACCUUCCCCCAGUACAUCAAGGCUUGCAAGACAGGAAACAUGGACCAGGCUCUGUCAUUGUGGUUCCUCCUGGGCUGGAUCGGUGGUGACUCCUGCAACCUCAUUGGCUCCUUCCUUGCUGACCAGCUGCCCCUGCAGAGCUACACAGCUGUGUACUAUGUCCUGGCCGACCUGGUAAUGCUGACUCUCUACUUCCACUACAAGUUCAAGAAACGCCCCUCUCCGUUGUCUGCCUCCAUCAAUUCUGUGCUCUUGGUCAUCUCUGGGACCGUGUGUAUCACACCACUGCUGCGCAGCGCUGGCCCUGUGGCUGCCCCGCGGGAAGUCUUCCGGGGGCGGAUGCUCCUGUCUGUGGAGCCCGGCAGUAAGCCCUUUACAAAGCAGGAGAUCAUUGGCUUCGUCAUCGGCUCUGUGUCCAGUGUGCUGUACCUGCUCUCAAGGCUGCCGCAGAUCCGCACCAAUUUCCUGCGGAAGUCGACCCAGGGAAUCUCCUACUCAUUGUUCGCAUUGGUGAUGCUGGGGAAUGCGCUGUACGGGCUUAGCGUGCUGCUCAAGAACCCCGAGGUGGGCCAGAGUGAGGGCAGCUACGUGCUGCACCACCUGCCCUGGCUUGUGGGCAGCCUGGGUGUGCUGCUGCUUGACACCAUCAUCUCCACCCAGUUCCUGGUGUACAGGGACACCGCGGAAGCUGCCUCCCUAGAGCGCGAGCCCCUCCUGCCCAGCUGACCCGCGUCACGAUGGACCCAGGAUGACAGAGACCUCCAGAUACCAUGCCCAGAAGGAGAGGUGCAGGCAGUGUCACUGCUGCCACCCCCAGGCCUGGGACUCCCGCCCAGCUGUCCCACCCCACUGCCUCUGACCCCUCCGGAGGGACUGACUCUCCCAGAAGCAAGACAGCCCUAGGCCUGGCCUGAACAGCACCCUCCAGGUCAAAGGCAGCUGCUCUAACCUCGGGGACCCCGGUUCUGCCGCCCCUUCACCCACCUACCUCGUUCUGCCUCUGUACCCGCAGGGGUCACGCCAUGGCGAGAGACCCAGGACUAGCCCAGGACUUGAUGUAACCUAGUAAACGUACCUUCCAGCGAGGCCUGUCCCUGCCGCUCUGUCCU